AUGGACCAUCUAAUGCAGGAUUUCCUAAAAGGAUGGCCUCUUGCUGAGACAUGUACUGCUGGAUAUGUUGGUAAUUGGACCAAAAAUGGUACUAUUUUGGGCCCGUGGUGUAAUGGUUAUCACAAAACUAUGUGGGCCACAGUUAAAAUGUGUCGUGGAGGAAGGCUAGCAUUGUCUAACUGUGUCGCGUUGGCAGUAUUUGCCGUGAAUUCGUCCAUGAAAUCUGUUUUGGUACCGCGGUUGAGGCCACCGACGCAAAAGUUGUACAAAACUGGUGCGUAUUUUCCUGCAGGAGAGGACAGACCGUUGGAAUGA